AUGGAGCUGAGCUCGGUCUUUCUCACCACCGGAGGAGCCUUCGGAUUUUUUCGAUGUAUCAACACCGCUGUCGGCAGACUACCUGUGCCUGAAGCUGCACACAAGAACACGACCAGAUGGAGAAAUAUCUCCACGUCCUUCGUGCACAGCCUCAUCACGGCGAUUUGGGCAGUGCUUUGCUUUUUCCUGCAACCAGAAAUGGCUGAAGAUUUGAUAGAAACACAUUCUAUGGUUUCCCAUGCGCUGGUGUCCUUUUCAAUUGGUUAUUUCAUCUAUGACCUGUCUGACAUUGUGAGAUACCAGAGGUUCAGUCAGUGCUGGGAGCUCGCCUUACAUCAUACUGUUGUGAUCACUUGUUUCGGCCUGUCAGUGUUGACGUAUCGCUACCUGGGUUUUGCCGUGGUGGCCCUAUUGGUUGAGAUCAACUCAGUGUUCCUCCACCUGAGGCAGAUCCUUCGGUUGGCCAACCAGGCCACCGGCACCGUCUACCGGGUCAACAGCAUGAUCAACCUGGGCACCUAUGUGGUGUUCCGCAUCAACACCCUAGCCUGGAUGACCCGUUGGCUGGUGCUCAACAGGGACAAUGUGCCACUCCACUCCUAUACAUUGGGUAGCGUGGGUCUUGCCAUUAUGACGCUCAUGAACAUUAUCCUGUUUUACCGCCUGCUUAGGAGCGACUUCUUGAAGAGCAGCACUCGGGAGGCCAAGAAAGAGAAGGAAACAUAG